AUGGACAAAGAUUGCGACAUGGUAUAUAAGAACAUCUCUGACCUUUACAAAUCCGAAGAAUUUAAGACCUACGACAACUUUGUUUCAUUAGUUGCAAAAUGUGUUUGGGAAAUAAGAGAUAAAGAUAGUAGGGGUAAGGUAUGGAACGAACAAAUAAAACCCGCUAUGUUCGAGAUGAAGAAAACCAUUGACGCCUUGGUCAUACUUGCAGGUAAGGUUUCAGAAUAUAACGCAAAAAUGAACCCGCAAUGUUCAAAAUGUAAAGCAGCAAUGAGGAAAUAUAACUACUCCGUCAAAGAGAUAGAACGUAUGCGAAACGACUAUGCAGAUUUAAAGAAAGAAGCAGAAAAACCAGCAGAAGAUAAAAUGAACAUGUUAGAAUUUCUGAACAAAAACUAUCCAACCGCUAACGAUUUCCUUCUUUCAGAUGUCAAGAAGAAGUAUAAAGAAACUUUCGGUAUCGUUAAAACUUUUGACAUACUGACAGAAGAAAUAGAAGCUACGAAAUUGUUUAGAGUCAUGAACCAUCGCAACAUAUACCAUGUAAAACGCUUGUAA